UCAUGUGAUUGCUGAUGGACCGGGGGGAAAGACCUCACGCCUGGGGUGGGCCUGCUCUGCGAUGCGCUGCGCUGCGAGGAUUGGAGAUCCGGAGUUUGAAAGGCUGGUUAAUUCCGCCCAUCAACACGACACGCCUCCUCUGGUCCCAGGAGCAUGUCUGAAAACUACAAAUUGGGGAGUGAAGAGUUGGAUAAAGUUGUGCGGAUGAGAUUAUUUAUAAUCAAAAAACGAGCAGAGCACACAAGGGGAGUAAUUAUAGAUGACUUAAAUGGCGGAGGAAAUACUUCUGGAAAGCGAUGGAAAACACGGCACGCAUCUCACAAAGCCUCUGCUGGCGGUGGCUUUCCUGGCCUCCUUCGGCAGUUCCAUGCUCUAUGGCUUCAACUUGGCGGUCGUCAACUCACCAGCACAGUACAUCAAAAACUUCUACAAUGAGACGCUGACAGAAAGUUACAACUGGAUUCCCGAUGAGAGGCACCUCACCAUCCUGUACUCCGUCACCGUGUCCAUCUUCGCUAUCGGUGGGAUGACGGGGGCCCUGCUGGUGGGCAAACUCGUAACCAAAUUUGGAAGGAAAGGGACGCUGGUGAGAGCGACUGUGCUGGUGUUUAUAGGAGGAGCUCUUAUGGGCUUCAGCAGAAGCUGCCGGAUGCCUGCGAUGGUCAUUUUGGGACGAUUCAUCACAGGAGUACACUCAGGUAUCUGCCUAAGUGUGGUGCCGAUGUACCUCGGUGAGAUCGCCCCCAAGAGCCUGCGAGGCUUCCUGGGCCUCGUUCCCAGCAUCCACAUCUGUCUGGGAGUCUUCAUCGCUCAGGUCCUGGGACUCCAUGAACUGCUGGGAAAGGAAGAGCACUGGCCUCUGCUCCUGUCCCUCAUAGUGUUCCCCACCAUGAUCCAACUGAUGCUGUUGCCAUGGUUUCCAGAGAGUCCACGCUACCUGUUGAUAGAGAAGGGAAAUAUUCACGCCACCAUAGAAGCUCUGAAGUGGUACCGCCCUAAAGGAAACAUCCAGGCGGAGGUGGAUGAGAUGCAGGAGGAGCAGCGCUCUCUGUCCUCUAUCCACACCAUCUCCGUUUGGGGCCUGCUCAGGGACCGCUGUGUUCGCUGGCAGGUCAUCACCAUCAUGGUGCUGAACAUCGGCAUGCAGCUGUCUGGCAUCGAUGCGAUUUGGUUCUAUACAAAUGACAUAUUUAGGGACGCAGGAAUCCCUGAUCUUAAUAUUCAGUACGUAACUGUGGGAACUGGUGCCAUUGAGGUCAUCUCUGGGAUGCUGGGGUGUUUCACUAUCGAGCGUGUGGGCAGAAGGCCUCUCAUCAUUGGCGGCUUCCUCUUCAUGGGUAUCUGCUGUGCUGGGAUCACAUUGUCUGUCCUCUACCAGGCGCAGAUGGCCUUCAUGCGCUACAUCAGUGUCGGCUGUGUUGUUGGGAUCAUCGCUGGCUUCUGCAUAGGUCCAGCUGGUGUGCCCUUCCUGAUCACUGCAGAGCUUUUUAAGCAGUCUCACCGACCGGCUGCCUACACGGUGGCUGGUGUCCUCAACUGGAUGUCCAACUUCACCAUCGGCUUUGUCUUUCCCUUCCUAGAGAUGACUAUGGGCCCUUACUGUUACCUGAUUUUCUGUACCAUCUGCUUGGGAGUGGCCCUCUACACCAUCUUCGUUAUUCCUGAGACCAAGAACAAAACUUUUAUGGAGAUCAGCCAGAUGUUUGCCGCCAAGAACAACAUCCUGGAAGAAGAACUGACCUCCAAUGGGCAUCUCAAAAUGGCUGAGAUGAACGGCUAUGGAACGCUUGGCCUCCACAGAUAAAGAUCAAAGGGGCGAGGAGACAUACCUACAUUUACAGAUGAUGUUCUUAGUAUGUAAUGACUGAAGUUAACGUAGUAGAGGUAAAAGGGGAAUUUCUUUGACCAAGACGAGAUCUGCUGCUUCAAGUUUAAAACUACAAAGACCCAUGCCAACACACACACACACACAGACACACACACAGAAUCAUUUAUGUUUCAACAGUUAAUCUCCUGUCAAAGCACAGCUCCUGUACAUAACGUGAGACAGAAGUCACGCGGUAAUGCUUUUCAAAUCAAGCAUCACUGACAUUUUAAUCCGUUUCUCCGCAUCUUAAAGCAUUUUACAGGAGCCGAGUUGGUUUCUCACAGUGCUCUGAGAAGUUUUAAUCUCCGCAUUAGCUUCACUUUGUUCAAACACAUCCCAUGAUCACUUCAUUGUUCACAGUAAGUGUUGAAUGCUUUCGUUGUUGAUCAAUUGACACUGAAAUAUGUUCAUUUAGUGACACAGCAAUAACAGCACACACUAAAGGAAGAUAUAUAAUUUCUCCAAUGUUUCAUACAGCGGUUAAAUAAGUCACAAGACAUCGUGAGAAUGAUAUAAUAUUAUAUUUAACUGUGUUCACAGUGUUCAGCUCAAGGUGAACGUUUCCUCAAACAACUUGAGCUGGUGUUUGUUUCUUCUGUUCACUUUGUCAAUUUGAUGUCUAUUUUACGAGAGCUGGAUAUUGUGGCCAUUUCAUUGAUAUUGUCCAAAGAUACACACAUAUAUUUAAAGCUUGUUAAAGAGCUAUAACUUAUCAAUAUAUCAAAACAAAGUUUAGUUUUUUCUUUUUGAACUGGCCUGUUUUACAAGAACUCUGUGUUUAAAAUACGGUGGAAAUAAAAAGAAGGCUUAUGGCUUAAUGGCU